CACAAGAAUUUAAAUGAAAAUUUAAAUGAAUUUUUGAAAGAAAUAUUAUAGAUUUUUAUGGAUUUACAAAAGAUCCAAAUACUUCAAAAUAUAUGGUAGUAAUGGAUCAUGCAAAUAAAGGUAAUUUAAGAGAAAAUUUAAUAAGUAUAGCCAAAAAUAAUUGGAAUCAAAAAUUAUAUAUGUUGUACGAAAUUAUUUCUGGACUUGAUAAGAUACAUGAAAAAAAUCUUAUUCAUUGUGAUUUUCAUGAUGGUAAUAUUUUAAAUCAUGAUUAUGGUGUGGAUGUCUAUAAGAUUUAUAUUAGUGAUUUAGGAUUAUGUCAAUCUGUAAAAUCGUUUUUGAAAAAGUAUGAUAUUCAUGGUGUCAUACCAUUUAUGGCUCCUGAAGUUUUAAGAGGCAAACCUUAUACUCCAGCUAGUGAUAUAUAUAGUUUUUCUAUGAUUAUGUGGGAAUUUACAUCUGGAAUACCACCAUUUAAUAAUAGAGCACAUGAUCUUCAACUUAGUUUAGGCAUUUGUGAAGAUGAACGUCCUGAAAUUAUUGAAAAUAUUCCACAAUGUUAUGUAGAUUUGAUGAAAAGGUGUUGGGAUGAAAACCCAUUAAAAAGGCCAUCUUCUAGAGAAGUAUUAAAAAUUAUUAGGAAUUGGAUUUUCCGUCCUUAUGAAGUCAGUGAAGAAUUAAAAAGCAACAUUAUGGAAUUUAUAAAUGCACCAGUUGGGCAAAACAAUAAUCUUGCUACUGAAUCUCAUCCACAUGCAUAUUAUACAAGUCGUUUACAUGAUUUUACUAGUAAACAGUUAAAUGAAAUUCUUAAAAGUAGAAGUCAAUCUACUAGUGGAAAAGUGAAUGAAGAAAAUGAAGAAUCACAAGAUAGUGUAAAAGUGAAUGAAAUGCUAGUAAGUAAAGAUUUGGAUGAUUGUAUAGUUAAUUUGAAGUCAUUAGAUAAAAAAUAAUCGUGUUUUUAUAAGAAUUUAUAGUUUUUUUAUGUGAUAUUUGAUAUCAUGCAUUUAACAGAAAUUGUUGUUUAGAUUUAUUUAAACACCAAGGCUAGAGUACUAGUAAAAUAUUUUACAAUAUUCUUAGUUUGUAAUUUAAAUAAUUCCGUUUUUUUUAUAUUUUAUUCAUAUGUAUUCUCUUUUUUUAGAAUUAUUUAAACAUUAAGACUAGAGUAGUAAAUACUUUACAAAUUUCUUAGUUUGUAAUUUAAAUAAAUCUUUUUUU